AUGGCCGAGAAUCCUGCACGGCCCGCCCCCAGCAGCUCCGCCAGACGCAAGCAGGCAAACCCUCGCCGCAAACAAGUUCCAGGGCCACCUCUCCCUCCCCCCACUCUCCCACUCUCCCUUCUCUCCCUCGUCCAUCAGUGGGAGGAGAAGGAGGAGGAGGAGGAGGAGGAGGAGGAGGAGGAGGAGGAGGAGGAGGAGGAAGAGGAGGAGGAAGGGAAGAGGAAGAGAAAAAGAAAGAGUAAUUGGACUUGUGAGGUGGAGAAUGAGAAGACGAAGACGAAGAAGAAGGAGGAGGAGGAGAAGGAGAAGAAGGAAGAGGAGGAGGAAAAAGGAGAAAAGAAGAUCAAGUUAUCACGCAGAAUUUAAUCUUUCAAGCAACACACACACACACACACACACACACACACACACACACACACACACACACACACACACACACACACACACACCUUGACAGACACUUAAGUCCACACACUAGACAGUGGGACGUGGUGAGGUCUGGCAGGCAAGGUGAGAGGAGGAGGAGGAGGAGGAGGAGGAGGAGGAGGUGGA